AGGAAGACGGUGGUGACCUCCUCAAGACGGGGAUCAGUUUUCCAGGAACGCCAGAGGAAGAACUAGAUUUUGUUGUAUUCUAUGGAAUCCAAUUUUUCAUAUAAAAAUGGAGUUUGGGGGCCACCUCUUUGAAAAGACCAGCCAUACUCAUGGUCUCCUCAGCACUUCGAUGAGGAAUCAUAUUCUCCUGUUUCAAGGAACAUGAAAGGAUUAUCUGGCAGUCACAACCAGCCACAGCUAUGUUCUGCUCAUACUUGUGGUUUAGCAUCCCCUGAAGAUUGUGAACACCCCCACGACCAUCUUCACCAUGGCCAGGAGUCAAGGCAAUCAUAUCUUCUCAGCCCCACGGAGAGCUGCCCGAUGGACCACCAUCGCUGCUCGCCGCGAAGCUCCAUCCAUUCAGAAUGCAUGAUGAUGCCCAUGGUUAUGGGCGAUCAUAUGUCCAGUAGCACUUUCCCCAGAAUGCACUACACCUCACAUUACGAUACCAGGGACGAUUGCACCAUGUCUCAUGCUAACACUAAGAUUAACCGGAUCCCUGCAAAUCUGCUGGAUCAGUUUGAGAAGCAGCUUCCCCUCCACAGGGAUGGCUUUCAUACUCUGCAGUACCAGAGGACCUCAACGGCCGCCGAACAACGCAGCGAAAGCCCAGGGAGAAUACGUCACCUUGUUCACUCAGUCCAAAAACUUUUCACGAAAUCUCAUUCUUUGGAAGGAUCUUCCAAGAGCAAUGUCAACGGGACAAAGGGAGAUGGCCGAGGAGAUGACCACCACCAUGGACAUCAUUCUAAACAUAGCAAAAGAAGUAAAAGCAAAGAGCGGAAACCUGAGAGCAAGCAUAAAACUGGGAUGAGCAGUUGGUGGAGCUCCGACGACAAUUUGGACAGUGAUAGCACUUACCGAACACCUAGUGUUGUAAACAGGCAUCACCCAGACCAUAUUUCUCAUUGCUACCCUGAAGCUCUUCAGGGACAUUUUGGGGACCUCUCCUUAAAGACUUCUAAAAGUAACAACGAUGUGAAGUGCUCGGCCUGUGAAGGGCUUGCGAUGGCCCCUGAUGGCAAAUACAUGAAAAGGAGUUCUUGGUCUACGCUUACAGUAAGCCAGGCUAAAGAAGCUUAUCGCAAGUCAUCUCUUAACCUAGAUAAGCCUCUAGUUCAUCAGGAAAUCAAACCUUCCCUGAGGCCAUGCCAUUACCUUCAGGUGCCUCAAGAUGAAUGGGGAGGGUACCCUGCUGGUGGUAAAGAUGAUGAGAUUCCCUGCAGAAGGAUGAGAAGUGGAAGUUAUAUUAAAGCCAUUGGAGAUGACGAGAGUGGAGAUUCCGACACUAGCCCCAAAACAUCACCAAAGGUAGCAGUCCAUCCGGAGUCAUUGUUAAAAUCUAUCGGACAAAGAGCUCUUGGAGACCACCAAAAUCAGAGCUACCUGCAAGCGGCAAGUGAUGUGCCUGGUGGACACAACUUGGAUCCGUCAGCAAACUACAAUUCCCCCAAGUUCCGAUCAAGGAAUCAGAGCUAUAUGAGAGCAGUGAGCACGCUCAGUCAGGCCAGCUGCAUCAGCCAGAUGAGUGAAGCAGAGGUCAAUGGGCAAUUUGAAUCUGUUUGUGAAUCAGUGUUUAGUGAAGUUGAAGCUCAGGCCAUGGAUGCCCUCGAUCUGCCGGGUUGUUUCCGAACCAGAAGCCACAGUUACUUGCGUGCCAUUCAGGCGGGCUACUCUCAAGACGACGAAUGUAUCCCUGCAAUGGCAUCUUCCAAUAUCACCUCAACAAUCAGGUCAACAACAGCUGUAACUUACACAAGUUACAAAAAAACGCCACCGCCUGUACCCCCUCGUACAACCUCAAAGCCACUCAUCUCAGUUACAGCACAGAGCAGCACAGAAUCCACCCAGGAUGCCUAUCAUGAUAGCCGGACUCAGAGGAUUUCACCGUGGCCUCAGGACGGUCGAGGGAUGUACAAUUCCACGGACAGCUUGGAUAGCAACAAGGCCAUGAACCUGGCUAUGGAAACGGCUGCGGCGCAACGCCACGGGCCUGAGAGCCACGGCCCCUCAGUGCGAACCAGCGACAAGGCCAUCCUCGUGUCGAAAGCGGAGGAGUUCCUUAAGAGUCGGCGCUCUUCGAUAGGGAUUCAGGUGGAAACAGCAACUGAUUCAGAUACCGAGAGCAGAGGCCUACGGGAAUAUCACUCAGUUGGAGUGCAAGUGGAAGAUGAUAAACGGCAUGGGCGUUUUAAGCGCUCAAAUAGUGUAACAACAGCGGUACAGGCUGACCUGGAACUCGAAGGCUUUCCAGGACACAUAACAAUGGAGGACAAGGGACUUCAGUUUGGUGGCUCUUUCCAGCGGCAUUCAGAACCCAGCACCCCUACUCAAUAUGGUGCGGUAAGAACUGUACGGACACAGGGGCUGUUCAGUUACAGAGAAGAUUAUAGGACCCAAGUAGACACCUCCAACCUCCCACCACCUGAACCUUGGUUGGAACCAGCCAUUGAGACAGUUGAAACAGGGCGGAUGUCUCCAUGUCGGCGAGAUGGGUCUUGGUUUAUGAAGUUGCUACAUACUGAGACCAAGAGGAUGGAAGGAUGGUGUAAAGAGAUGGAGAGAGAAGCGGAAGAAAACGACCUUUCUGAAGAAAUUCUAGGUAAGAUCCGGAGCGCCGUGGGAAGUGCUCAGCUCCUCAUGUCUCAGAAAUUCCAGCAAUUCUAUUGGCUAUGUCAACAGAAUCUGGAUCCCAGUGCAAUGCCACGGCCGACUUCGCAGGAUCUAGCAGGAUUCUGGGACUUGUUACAGCUUUCAAUUGAAGAUGUCAGUAUGAAGUUUGAUGAACUACACCAGCUGAAACUGAAUGAAUGGAAAAUAAUAGAAUCACCUGAAAGGAAGGAAGAAAGAAAGGUUCCUCCUCCAGUACCAAAGAAGCCCCCCAAAGGAAAAUUCCCUAUCACGCGAGAGAAGUCUCUAGACCUGCCUGACAGACAGCGCCAAGAAGCCCGGAGGCGGCUCAUGGCUGCAAAGCGAGCGGCCUCUUUCCGGCAGAAUUCAGCCACAGAGCGUGCAGACAGCAUCGAGAUCUAUAUCCCAGAGGCCCAAACAAGGCUUUGAGGACUAGAACACUGCAUAGUUUCUCCAUCUUUUUUU